AUGGCGGAGAAGAUAAAGGAUGACGACUUUCAGAGCCGUGUUCUAGACAGCAAGCUCCCGUCUCUCAUCCUUUUCUACGCGGAUUGGUCCGGUCCUUGCAGGAUGAUGGAUUUCUCGAUUGAUGAGGUCGCCGAGGAUUUUUCAGGAAAGGCCUCCUGUUUCAAGAUGGACAUUGACGAAGGUCCCAACACGUCGGCCGAAUAUGGCGUCCGAAGCCUUCCCACCGUGAAAAUCUUCAGGUCUGGGCGUGAGCUAAAAACGCUCGUUGGCAUGGUGAGGGGUGUAGACAUUCGCCUAGCCCUCGAUGAUGUCAUAUGA